AUGUACGCCCGCCUCCGCACGGCGUUGCAUUCGCCGCUCUGGGCUGGUCGCUCGGGCGCCGCUGCGUUGGCUGCCCGGGCGCCGGCGUUGAUGCGCUCGUCCGCCCGUCAUCACAUGCCGGUCGUCGUCGCCGGUUUCAGUUCAGACUCCGCCACCACCCCGCCUCCACCGAGCGGCAUCCACGAUCUCGUGAGCAAUCAGAUUGAUCACCCGCCCGCGCCGCGAUCCGCCCUGCCCACGUUGUGCAACCGAUCGGGCCCGCCGGUUGCAUGCGCCUCCGCAGUCGCGGCAGAGGUCGCCGAAGACAGCCAUCGCGGCUCGGCGCUCGCGGAGCGCAUCGGCGCAACCGCUGGGUGUAGCCCUCAAGCCUCCGGGCGCUCGAGGAGGGUCCAGCCGGUCGGGCUUGACCGGCCUGGGGUCGGCAGGAGCGGGACGGUAGCAGCCGACGUCCGGGUUGCGGGGGAGCCAGCCAGCGCGGGAGCCGGCCGGCCGGAGUGCGGGGGAGCCGGCGGGCAUGACCCGGGAGGCCGGACGCCGGAUGGAGGGACAAGCCGUGGUGAGCUGGUGUCGGGGGCGCGCCCAGGAAGGACGCAGGAGCCGGCGGGCGGAGCUAGCACGGAAGGCGGCCGCGACCACUCGGCGGGGUCUGCGCGCAGCCGGAUUGUGGAUGCAGGGAGGCGGGGGCGAGAGGCGCGCGGGGCAGGAGCCGGCCCGGAGCAGCGGCCAACUGAAGGCGGAGGCGUGGGGCGGGAGCUGGGGGAGCCGGCGGGCAUGACCCGGGAGGCCGGACGCCGGAUGGAGGGACAAGCCGUGGUGAGCUGGUGUCGGGGGCGCGCCCAGGAAGGACGCAGGAGCCGGCGGGCGGAGCUAGCACGGAAGGCGGCCGCGACCACUCGGCGGGGUCUGCGCGCAGCCGGAUUGUGGAUGCAGGGAGGCGGGGGCGAGAGGCGCGCGGGGCAGGAGCCGGCCCGGAGCAGCGGCCAACUGAAGGCGGAUGCGUGGGGCGGGAGCUGGCCCGAAGCCGCGGCCAAGUGGAGGUGGAGGCGCAUGGCGGAGCUGGCCCGGAGCCGCGGCCUACUGGAAGCGAAGGCGCGAGCCGGCGGCGCUGCAGGGAGGCCGGGGAGGAGCCGCCAUGGGGGCGAGGGGCAACGAGCCGACUAG